CGACCGCAUAUACGCUCUAAGAUUCGCUUCAGCAUGUUCUCGAAGCCUCUACAACGCGUUGCUACGACUUCCUCUUCGGUCUUUAAGCACGCACGCGCACAUACCCGCUCCAUCGGCUUCUUGUCGACGCUACCGGAGGAGCAUGCUAUGCUGCGCGAUAUGUGUCAGCAGUAUGCUGCCAAGAACCUCAAGCCUAUCGCUGGGGAGCUAGACAAGGAGCAUAAAUAUCCAGCCAAACAGGUCAAGGAGCUGGGUGAGAUGGGCCUUAUGGGCGUCGCCAUCGACGACAAAUACGGAGGCGCAGGUCUCGAUUACUUGGCCUACUCCAUCGCCAUGGAGGAGAUCAGUCGUGGCUGUGCAUCCACUGGCGUCGUCAUGUCCGUUAACAAUUCACUCUACUGCGCGCCACUGGAGAAGUUCGGCAGUGUGGAACAGAAGGAGAAACACUUGACACCGUACGCCAGCGGCGAGAAGCUGGGCUGCUUCGGUCUCAGUGAACCGGGCAACGGCAGUGACGCAGGUGCUGCUUCGACCACGGCACGCUCUACCGACAAGGGAUACGUACUGAACGGCACCAAGGCGUGGAUUACCAACGCUCACGACGCUGACCAAGCGAUCGUGUUCGCAACAACGGACAAGUCGCUCAAGCACAAGGGGAUCAGCGCCUUCCUUGUACCCACCGACGCUCCUGGUUUCUCUCUUGGUAAGAAGGAAGACAAGCUGGGAAUUCGUGCGUCCAGCACGGGAAAUCUCAUCUUUGAAGACGUCGAGGUCCCCAAGGAGAACCUGCUUGGUAAGGAGGGAGAUGGCUUCAAGAUCGCUAUGAUCACGCUGGACUCGGGUCGUAUCGGUAUUGCCUCGCAGGCUCUGGGUAUCGCCCAGGCCUCGUACGACUGUGCUAUCGCGUACGCACAGACGCGCAAGACGUUUGGUGUGCCUAUAGCCAAGAAUCCGAUAAUUCAGACCAAGUUGUCGACGAUGGCUACGGAGAUUGAGGCGGCACGUCUAUUAGCGUGGAAGGCUGCAGUGGAGAAGGACGCUGGAAGACCGUUCACGAAGCUGGCGGCUAUGGCCAAGCUCAAGGCGUCGGAAGCGGCCACUAUGUGCUCUCACCAGGCCAUCCAGGUGCUCGGAGGCAUGGGAUACGUGUUUGAGAUGCCUGCUGAGCGCCACUACCGUGACGCACGCAUCACGGAGAUCUACGAAGGCACAUCCGAGAUCAUGCACUUGGUCAUCGGCGGCGCACUUAACAAGGAGUUCAACGAGACCAACUAAAACUAGGAGACGUACUCAAGUCCGCAGCCAUUUAAGACAAAAUACAUACCGAUGAACUCGA